AUGCGCCUCGAACUCGGGGAGCUCUUUGGCCUGGCAAUUUCUUGGAAGGCUGAGCUGAUGGCCUUGGAAAUGCGUCUGGGACAACAGGAGAUUGCAGGCCGGGCGGCGCAGAAAGAUGAGAUGGAAGGUCUUUUGCUCCAGUGCUCGGCUCAACUUGAUGCCUUGCGGACGGAUGUGGCAGCAGUGCAAGCAGGCUUGGUUCAAGCUUGCACAGAUCAGCAGGAAUUUGCUUGCCAUGUGCAAGACACCUACCUGCACAAGAAGGAGUACAAUGAAGAGAGUACUGCCUUGCGAAAAGGCCUUGAGUUACGCGAGGUGCACAAUCAGGAGAUGCAGGCGGCGCUCGAGGUGCUGCAGCUCCAUUCCAAAGAGAUACUACGGGAGUUGCAGUCUCAACGAUCGCAGGUCGAGAAACAAGAGAUUCUCAUCAAGGUGCAAGAGGAUGGCUCUCAGAGCUUUCGAUCCGACUUGGCGGCCUUGGAGCAUCGAAUCUGGGAGGAAUUCGCGCCCAAAACAUCAGUUGCGCAGGUCUUCGCGACGGCCUCGGAAGCUCACACUAAGUUGGACUUUGCCAUGAUGGAUCGUGCUACAAUCCGGCAGCGUAUGGAGGAGGAGCUGAAUGUUUUAAAGAAGACCCUGUACCGUCAGCAGUCGACUUUUAAAGAGCUGGACGAUGCGGUCUCAAGUGUAAAUCAACAAGAUCAGGAGUUGCUGAAGUUCUGUAAGCUUUUGGAGCAAGAGCAGGCAAAGCUCAAGGAGCUUGGGAAACGAGUGCAGCAGCAAGAGGAGCGCUUCGAAGAGUUCCAGUCCCAGCGCCAACAGGAUCGCCGAGUUACAGAGGAAUUGCAUGGGCGGGUGCUGCAGCAUAUCGAUGCCUGGGCCUUGCCAAAGCCCAACAUGGGCAGGUCUCAGUUGAUGAUCCCCUGGACGAAGAUCGGCUACGGGGAGAAAAGUUUGCGAGGCCUAGAACCCUAUGGGAAGGCCCUUGCAGCCGCGCAGGCGGCCGAGGUUGCUGCGAGGCGAUGGCAAAUCGAAUUUGUUUCAGAGGAAAUCGCCGAGGCAGAGCAGCUGAGUCGAGGCGCCUCGGCCUUAGGCUGCGACUUAGGCAUCGGUGAAAACCGCUGGAGACCGCUCGUUGCCGUUCGGUCUUUGUCAGUGGCACCGGAGCCAUUGGUUCGAUCUCGCACGCUGCUGCGCUGCUCCCUGCCUUUGAGGAAGGCGGCACCGAUGACUGAGGAGAAGGAUGCCAAUGGCGGCGCUUGGAGUAGGGUCCCAACUUGGGACGGCAGUCCACAGACGUGGAGGUCUUUUCGGAAGGACAUGAGCUGGUGGCUGGCUGGGCUUGACAUCGAGAGCACCAAGAAGUACAACCUGGCAGCCAGAUGGCUUCUUCGCCAGAGCGGCAUGGUCCGCCAACGAGGCGAGGAGUUCGACCCGGCCGAGCUCGAGUACCAGCGUGAGGUCAGGGUUCCUGACCCCACCACCGGAGAUGACACGGUGGUGACACCAGAAGAUCCCCUGAGCGGGAUAAAGAAACUCCUUGCGGCCUUGGAAACCAUGACUGGUCGCACUUCGCUGGACAAGCGGGGUGAACUACGACAGGUGUUCUACCUGGAGCUGCGUCGCCGUUCCGGCGAGAGGAUCUCAGAGUUUGCAAUUCGGUUCAGGACUUUGGUGUCAGAGCUCAAAGCUGAGGGUGUGGUGAUCGCUGAUGGUGAGCUUGGAUGGUGGUUCAAGCACAAACUAGGGCUAGACGCCCUGAGGUCCCAGCUUCUGGAGACGGCCUUGGCCGGUGCUGAAGACUACCCCACCAUAGAGCGAGAAGUUCUUCGGUUGUUCAAGGACUUGCAUGUGGCCGACCCUUUGCGCAAGAAGGCCAAUGACCAGGACAACCGAGCACCCCUGUUGAAUAGGUUCCUGAGCCAACAGAGCACAGCAAGCAGACCUUCAUCGUAUGCGCCCUCUAUGGCUAGUUCAGCACCUCGUUCGUUCCGUUCCGGAACGUCUUCGUCUUCGUCUGGUCGCUUUACCGCCUACCGGAGGCCACAACCGGCCAAGCAGGCCAUGGUCUCAGAGGUUGAGGAGGAGCCAGAGGACCUUGUUGAAGAAGCACAUGAGGCCGAUGACACUGGCCCCCAGAGCUUAGAGGAGGUCAUGACGACUGAAGCUGAGGUGUUGGCCGCUGAGUUGGAAGAGGCUGCAGCUCAAGGACUCGAUGAAGAGACGCUCCAUGAAGUUGAGGAGAGCGUGGAAGCUGCUGCUGAAGCCUUCCUGACGAUGCGGGAGGCAAGAUCGAAGCUCCAGGAAGUUCGCAAAGACAGAGGCUAUGGAAAGCCUUCUUCUCCAUCCGCAAACGCACCAGCGGCUUCGAAGGUUUCGCUCAAGAAGCAGUCUGACAAGCAUCCUUGCUUUGAUUGCGGGCUCCCUGGGCAUUGGGCUGGAGAUCCGGAAUGCCAGAAACCCGGCCAACAACUGGGCCGGAAGAAGGGCAAACAACCUCAGAAACAAGUGAAGGUCACUGAGGCCCUGAACACAGAGCAUGGCGAGCCGGAGGCUGGCCAUGAGGUGAUGGUGGCAAACCGGCUACACUCCAACGACCUGUCGGAGGAUUUUUCACUUGCCUUCGACAUGUCUCACCGACCCAAAGAGGUGAACGUCGUUGGUGGCCUCUCCCGAGACAAAAGAUUGGUUGGGGCACUGGACAGCGCCUGCAACAGAACCUGCACCGGCCCUGAAUGGCUCUCCUCGUUUUUGACUUGUUUGAGGGCAUCGGCGCCCCAAGCCAUUGUGGAUUUGGUGAAGGUGGAGGAUGAGAAGGAAACCUUCAGGUCACUACUCAGUGGGCCUCAUCCCGGAGAGAUGGCCAGGCCCUACUUGCGCUAUCUGCCAUUGCCGUAUCCCUCAACGGCAUCUGUGGAGCGCUGGGAAGCCCAAGGCCGUGUCCUGUGCAUGGACAAGGUCAUGGCAAAGCGCCACUUCGACAAGGCCGUGAAGAGCAAUGGGUUCAACUACGAGAACCUGCGGGAGAUGAUCCAUCUCCGCAACCGACUGGGGCUCGAGGUAGCCUUUUGCGAAGACCCCGUGGUCCACGGGUUCAAGAUGGCGAAGGUUCCAGACCACUUUGGACCACAUGGCGUUGGACUGCCUUUGCAUGUGACGGAGCUCAGUUCCGUGAUGACGGAGCCCAGCUUGAUGACCGACGAGGAGAUGGUCGAGGCGAACGAGAGUCGCCAAAACCGAGAGCUGAUGGAGGAUGCGGCACGAGGAGAUGGAAUCAGUGCUGGACCCUUGAACCAGUACUUGAUCCACCAGCAGCUCAAGAAAGGGCAAGCUCAAUUGAUUGCUCAGGCAUGGAAUCGGCAUGCGGCCGACCGCAUUCGUGUUUCCCACAAACCUCGCAAGAUCCGCCAAGUGCUCGAGGCUGAGUACUACAAGGAGCUUGAUGGCUAUAUGCACGACGAGACCUUUGUCCAAACGAUUGAUCUGAUGCCUGUCUUCAAUGAAGUUCAUGCGAAUGAGCACAACUCAAAGAACCUCAAAGCUUUUGCCAAGGAGAAGCCCCUGGUCACGGAGGUCUACACGAGUGCUCAGAAUGUCAUGAAGGAGGCUGUUCGACGAGCUGAUGGUGAGCCUGUCGGUGAUGAGGCGGAGGUCAAACCGGAGGUGGAGUUGUCGGAUGAUGAGGAGAUCGACCCCUCGGAGCAGAGCAUGGACCUAGGUGAUCAAGUACACCUGGACCUGUUAGAGGCUGAGGAUGCCACGGAGCGCAAGUACUUCAUAGCUCAUUGCACAGAUUUUGCCACUCGUUUCCAAGCUGCUCAGAUCCUCCCGGACAAGUCAACUGAAUCGGUGGUGCGCUUCAUGGCCACCAAGUGGUUACCAACGUUUGGAGCCCCACGUGUACUUGUGUGCGAUCAGGGCCGUGAAGUUAUCUCUUGGGAGAUGGAGGAGUGGACGAGUUCUGUUUCGACCUUGUUGCACCAUAUUGCUGUACAGGCCCCAUGGCAAAACGGCCUGGCGGAACGUUCUGGAGGCAUACUGAAGACACUGCUGGCGGCCAUCGUGGCCGCGAAAUCGGUGGUGACGGAAGCCGAAAUGGAAAUGGCCUUAGCAGAGGUGGCCCGAGUGGCCAUGAUGCGGCUACACUUCAGCCGUGGGAUGAGGAGAGCCGAACUUGCCAGGUCCAGAAAUUCGACGUUUGAAGCUUUACCUGAACCAGGCAGCGUUUGCUACUUCUACAGGCCGCUUCGUUUCAACACCAAGAACUCAGCCAGUCGAAAGCGCUUGAGCCUGAAGAGGUGGCAUGGACCUGCUCUUCUGGUGGCUUGUGAAGGGAAUGCUUCGGCCUUCUUGUCGUACAAGGGCCAACUGACCAAGUGUGCUCUUGAGAAUGUGAGAAAGGCCUCGAUCAUGGAGCAAAUCGCUGCAGGCACUUGGCGUGAAGCGAUAGAAGAAGCUGUCGAGGCGGCCAAGCAUGAACUACCCCUUCCGCAAGCUGGAGACGCACUCUUAGAGAAAUCAGGUCCGGAGGGUUCCCCUCUGAAUGGUGACGGCGGUGAAGAUGUUGUCAACCCGGCCACUCCGGCCUUCUUGCCCUCUUCCGCGGCAGUGAUGAACGCCGAAGAGAACCUGCCUUUGAAUGGCGAUGACCUACCACCAAUUCAACCAAAGGAGUUGUUGCCGAUGAUGGUUCCCUCAACACCUCCAGUUCCUUCCCAGGAGUUCCGGUGGCGCCAGAUGUCUGCCGCUGAGAAGACAGCCUUCACUGAGGCCGCUCAGCAAGCCUGGGCUGUUUGGGAGGAGAAUGAUGCCAUUGAAGUUCUGUCCCCAGAGGAGUCAGCCAUGGCUCGAGCUCGAGUGAUCGUGCCCGGGUACAAAGACAUUUUUGCUUUUGGUUUGAGAAAGGAUGCACCUACGGGCUCGCGCAUCUCCCAACACUUCCUCUUUGUUUUCACCGCCAGCAAUGCGAAGAAGUUCAAGGAUGAGAAUUUGUGCUGGCGGCUCAUGAGUGCAGAUGUCAAGUCGGCCUUUUUGAAGGGCGACGCCUAUAUGGAGGGCAGCCGUGAGCUGUUUUUGGAGAAUGUCCGUGGUGAUGAGCCCAAGCUUCCUUUUGGCAAUCAACUGGCAAAGAUUCGGAAAGGAGUCUUCGGCCUUGCAGACGCACCCAGACAAUGGAUGCGGCCCAAUGGUGAGGAUGGGGGACAUCAAAUUAUGAUGACGGUGAUGACGGUGAUUCCUCAGCGCUGGCGGCUCCGCAACCACUUUUUUCCCAAAGGAUGGGGCAUUAUGACCAGACCACGGUAG